GAUAACUCUAGAUUACUGCAUGAAGACAUCUGUAUGGAUGUAUUUAUGAGGAUUUGUGGUGAAUCUUGAUUUGAAUGACAUCCGAUUAAAGUGACCUGGAAGAAGUGAAAUAAGAGAUUCAGUCAAAUCCAGCCCUGAUUGUUCAGAGUCAGGAAUAGGUUGAAAAGAUGAGAAUUCUUUUGAUCCUAGCCUGCUUGAUGUUACCCCUUCUGGGUUCCUGUCAGUACCAGUCCAACUGGGAUUCCAUCGACUCAAGACCUCUCCCUGCUUGGUAUGAUGAAGCCAAGUUUGGAAUCUUCAUGCAUUGGGGCGUCUACUCCGUUCCAAGUUUCUUCAGUGAAUGGUUUUGGGAUCGUUGGCAAGGAGACCCUCCCUAUCCAUCUGUCGUCAACUUCAUGAAAGAGAACUUCCGGCCUGGUUUCACGUAUGCUGAUUUUGGACCCAUGUUCACGGCAGAGUUCUUUGACCCCAAUGCUUGGGCCGACAUCCUGGAAGCCUCUGGAGCAAAUUAUGUUGUUUUGACUUCCAAACAUCAUGAGGGCUUCACCAUGUGGCCAUCCAAUGUCUCAUGGAACUGGAAUGCAAAGGACGUUGGUCCUAAGAGGGAUCUGGUCGGUGAAUUGGCAGCAGCCGUGCGCAGCAGAACAAAGAUUCAUUUUGGCUUGUACUACUCUCUCUAUGAGUGGUUUCAUCCCCUUUUUCUGAAAGAUGAGGCAAAUGGCUUUCAAACAAAAGUGUACAGAGAUCAAGUUAUGAUGCCACAGAUAAUGGAUAUUGUCAACAGCUACAAGCCGGAUAUCGUCUGGGCAGAUGGGGCUCAUGGUCCUGACUCUUACUGGAACAGUACAGAGUUUCUUGCCUGGCUCUACAAUGAAAGCCCUGUUAAGGAUCAUGUAGUGGUGAAUGAUCGUUGGUAUUGGCCUGGCUCUUCUUGCAAUCAUGGAGGAUUUUAUACGUGCGGUGACAGAUAUGAUCCAAAGAAACUGCAAAGUCAUAAGUGGGAGAAUGCCAUGACGGUGGACAUGCGCUCAUGGGGAUAUGUGCGAACGACUCCAUUGAGUGGCAUCUUUGAUAUCCAUGGUCUGAUCCAGAAGCUUGUCAGGACAAUAAGCUGUGGUGGUAACCUUCUUCUCAACAUAGGUCCGACCCACGAUGGUCGCAUUGUACCCAUCUUUGAAGAGCGUCUUCGUCAGAUGGGGUCAUGGCUAAAGGUCAACGGUGAGGGCGUGUACGGAUCCAUCCCAUGGAGAAAGCAGAAUGAUACAGUAAACCCCGAUGUCUGGUAUACCACGACCAAGAAAUCGGAUGCUGUCUAUGCUUUCCUCCUGAAGUGGCCUCAAAACAACACCGUUUACAUUGACGCUCCUAUCGCAGAACAGAACACCAAUGUCACCAUGCUGGGUUACGGUCAACCUCUGAAAUGGGAAAUGGGACCGAGCUAUCAAGGAAUGAAUAUCAUGCUUCCCUUCCUCAAUCCCUCUCAGACGACUUGUCGAUGGGCCUGGGUUUUGAAGCUUAGAAAUGUGUUCUAAUUAAAGAACCCCCUGCGUUCAGAUAUGACACGGUUUUGUUAUGAUAGCAUAAAGUGUAAUAUGUUUUACAUUUCUGUAUCUUAUAAAGACAGAGCCAAGUGAACAUGCCUAUAGAACCAUUAAUGUGGCAGUUAAUUGCCAUUCAUUUAAACGUUUUAAAAACGUGUUUUGUUUUUUGGGGUUCAUUGGGUCAAAUCUGAACGUGCCUUUAGCAUGGAAGCAUCAUGACAGUCCACUAUUAAAGGAGGUUGGGAAUAAUAGAAGGUGUCCAGAGAAAUUUAAGUGCUUUCAUUUUGUGAUAACUUGAAGUAAAUUUUGUAUGUUUUAUUUCUGGCUGUUAAUGACCAGUUGUACUUCUUUGAUGCAGUUAUUAUUUCAAUUUAAGUGUGAUAACUCAAAGUGAAUUUUGUAUGUUUUCUUCCUGGCUGUUUUUGACCAGUUUUGCUUCUACACAGUGUAGGUUAAUAUAAACUUUGAUGUGAAUAAUCUGUAGCACUUGUAAACUAUGAUUAUAUAUAUCUAAUCUUCGGUAUCAGGGUAGGAUCUCAAUAAAUGAAAUGUUAUAUAUCUUGUAUACUUCUACUGAAAAUAUAAAGAAGUCCAUACAUGUCUUUGUCUUGUUGACAAAAACUUGCCUCCGUCUUUCAUAUUAGUGUGCGUAUUCUUUUCAUAUGAGGGGUUGUGCUUAUAAUUUGUUCAUUUUCAUUUUUGUUUCAAUUAUGUAAUAUUCAUGACUAGUAAUGUCAUUUCUGUAUUGUGGCAAAGUUCAUAUAUUUUUCAAUAUCAUAACUUGUUUGAAAGUACAGUACUAUAGAGGAAUUCAUAGGAGGACUUCUUUAAUAUGCCAUGUUUAGAACUUAUCAAGUGAUAGAGUAAUAAGUCUGAAAUAUACAGGAGCUCAAAUCUUCUUGUUUCGAUUACCGUAAAUUUCAAAUUGCCAUUUAAUGGGUAUAUUUUUGUAUACAUCUUGUUUUUGUAUUUGUUUGAUAAAUCGUUUGCUUUGUGCUUUACCAUUUUGUAGGUAAGCCUAAGAGGCAUAUUUUCAUGUUUCCAUGAAAUUUGCAAUAGAUCAAGAUCUAUAUAGUUAAAGUUGAUAUAUGUACACUAUAUAACAUACCGGUAUAUAUAUAUAUAUAUAUAUAUAACAGUGUGUUAUAUGCAGGUCUAAUAAAAGACAGAGAAAUAAUUUCUGUCUGUAUAUUUUUUUUAAAGGGACCCAUGUUUUCCAUUAGAUUUAAAACUAACUGAAAAUAAAUUAGGUGAUGUCCUAUUGUCCUUUCCUUUAAAAAAAAGUUACUUUUUCUCACUUUUAGCUCAUUUAAUGAAACCCAAUGAGCGAAGCUGAUUGGUCAUAUUGCAAUGUAUGUAUAAACAUGAUGUAAUUUAUGUUAUGUCACUUUGCUGUGUUAUUUGUGUAGCGAGUUACUGGUCACUAAAAUGUACUCGAGGAGAUCAUAUAAUGAACAAUAAUUCAAUAUAUACGUAUAUCCUCGUUUUAUUGAAAUGAAAUUCAUAGAAAAACAAACAAAAUGUUAAUUUCAGUAAUUUAUAAAUCUGUAUGGGUAGGUCAAUGCUAUUCUUUUAGUAAACUAUAAUAUUAAAAAUGAUUGUCUUUUUAAAGCUUAAACUUUGGAUUGCAUGAUCCUCUUAUUAUUUUGGGUCAAAAGUAGGUACCGGUACUCAAAAGUGUAAUUUCAGAAUUCUAUAUGCUAAUUAUUCAAAAUGAAUAUUAAUCAGCGUGACAUACUAGGUAUUGUAUUCUUUUAUACAUUACAUAUUUAAGUCUUCUUCAGAUUCUUCUCAUACAGGGACAAAAAGAAUUAAGGCAUGUAAGUUAUUGCGAAGAAAUAAAGUUAAAAGAAUAAGUAAUCUUGCUAAUUUAGGUAAUGUCAAACAAUUUGUCCCUGUGAUAGUCACACUUUUUAUGUGUAUUUUUUUACAUUUUAAGAAAGAAGUAAUCUUUAUUUUUCACAAAUUUUUUAAAUGUAGUUCUGGAUUAGUACCCAACGAAAAAUCAUGAUAAAGUAAUCAAGCUAUUAUCUAGUGCAAUUACAUAAUUCAAAUACAGCACAAUUAACUGAACUGUAAAUAAUGCAUUUCCCUGUUUUGUUCUGUUCUUGCUGAGACAACUAAUUGCUUGUACAUAUAUGUGCCUUUAACUCUUGAAGUAAUAAACUUUAACAGAAAUCAAA